AUGGGAAGUGCCCCUGACAUGCAGUUCUCCCAAUCGAAACGACUGAUUGUUUGCUGCGACGGCACAUGGGAGGAUUCCACGUCGGACGACAGUCAACCUCCCACCAAUGUCACUCGGAUUUGUAGAGCCCUCAGUCGAAACGCAGUGGUUGAGGAGAACGGCGAGAAAAGGCUGGUGCCGCAAAUUGUGUAUUAUCAAAAAGGAGUGGGCACUGGGUUUGGCAAUAGACUCUGGGGAGGAGCCACUGGCCUCGGUCUCAGCGCCCACGUACGCUCCGCAUACGCCUUUCUUGCCGACAACUACAACGACGGCGACAAGAUCUACUUCUUCGGCUUCUCGCGCGGCGCAUACACAGCCCGGGCAACAGCCGGGCUGGUGACGGACAUGGGCCUCCUGACCAGCCGCGGCAUGGACAACUUCAGCACCGUCUACCACGACUACUACACCCACAAACUGGACGGCUACGACGCCGAGACGCGACGCCGUCUGGGCUUCCGCGACCCCCUGCCGCGGUUCACGGUCGAGAUCAUCGGCGUGUGGGACACGGUCGGCUUCCACGACUUCUGGCUCACGCGCUGGCUCUUUGGCGAGGAGUUUGAGCGCCGGAAUGCGCGCCUGUCCAGCGACAUCCGCUAUGUGUUCCACGCGCUGGCCCUCGACGAACAGCGCACCGCAUUCCAGCCCCUGCUGUGGCAUCUCCCGGUGAAGAGCGACGAGCAGGAACUGCUCCAGGUCUGGUUCUCCGGCGUCCACACCGAUGUUGGCGGUGGUGCCGCGGACCCUCGUCUCUCGAACAUCGCCCUCGCCUGGAUGAUCGCGCAGUGCACCAAGCACGACCAGCUCAGCUUCGACCUGAGCUACUUCUUCGACGAGCCUGCUCCGGCCGUCGAGGCAGAUGCCACCCCGUGGGCCACCAGCAAGGGUCCCAAUCGCUCGUCGAGCAUCUUUCAAUUCCUCGAGGCCCUCCUCGGCGGGACGUCAUUACGGCGACCUCUCCGCUACGGGAACGGUCGAAAAGGCGACUGGCGCAUCACCAACGAAGCGCUUCACGAGUCCAUCCAGGACCGCAAUUGCUUUGGAAAGACGUCCAGAUCGGUUCGCUGGCCCUGCAAGGUCCUCAAGGCGAGGAAGAGUGCCGCCACGUGGCUGUUGUCUGAUCGCCAGGAGAUCCGCCAGGUGCAGGCCAGCGAGACGGAGAAGUUCUUCAAGGGGCGGAUCAGGACGGUGCAUCCGCUUCAGGUUGAUCCGGCGUGA